ACCAUGACCACCAUGCAAGGCUCUCAAACUCGUCCUCCUUCCCGUGCAAAGUACUUGCGAGACAAUGGCAUGUCGCAAGCAUGCAAAGACUUGCUCUCCUCUCUCCCUUCAGAAGAAGACUGGGUCGCGGCCUCUCUCUGCCCAUGUCAGGGCUUCUGGUUCCCGUCUCCGCUCUUGAGCGGCAUCCCCGCUUGCCAAAACCACUUCCAAGCUCACACCUCUGACAUCCUCCUAGUCAGCAACCCGAAAUCUGACACCACCUGGCUAAAGGCCAUUCUUUUCGCUCUCUUGAACUGUGCCAAGUACUCCAAGUCCGACUCACAACAAUGCCACCCUCUCCUAACCCAAAACCCCCACGACCUCAUGCCCUUCUUGGAGCUCUGUGUCGAGCAAGAAAAUCCCGAUUUUGCUGCUUUCGCCUCCCCGUGGCUCUUCGCCACCCACUUGCCUUAUUCCUCGCUUCCACAGUCGGUGAGGGACUCCGAGUGCAAGCUGGUUUACCUGUGUAGGAACCCUAAGGACACCUUCGUCUCGCUGUGGCACUUCUUCGACAAGCUGAGUCCCGAGAAGGGCCAGAUUCCUCUCCCGGAUUGCCUUGACAACUUCUGUCGAGGGAUGAGCUUUUACGGGCCUUACUGGGACCAUGUGCUGGGUUACCACAGGACGAGCUCGGAGAUGCCCGAGAAGGUGUUGUUCAUGAUGUACGAGGAGAUGAAAGAAGGCCCGCAUUCUCACGUGUGGAGGUUGGCCGAUUUCAUGGGAUGUCCAUUUAGCGAAGAAGAACUGAGAGACGGGACUGUGGCGGGAAUACUGAGGAUGUGUAGCUUCGACAAUUUGAGCGCAUUGGAGGUGAACAAGAGCGGGAAGCUGUCGACUGGACAAGAGAACAAGUUGUUCUUCAGGAGAGGCGAGGUUGGAGAUUGGGUGAAUCACAUGAGUGCUGAGAUGGGGGAGAAAAUUGACGGUGUCAUGGAAGAGAAGUUGCGCGGUUCUGGUUUGAAGCUCUGAAGUUCUAUUAA